AGCUCAUGGAACUCAUGGAGGUCCCAUGACUAGCGGGAUGCCGUCCGCGACUCUCGGUGGCGGCAUGCAUGGUCAUGAUGAGCCCGGACACCGUGCCCCUGGGACGCUAGGAGAUGUUUUGGGAGGCGGGCAGCACCAGCCGAGGAGAGAUCAGCCAGGAGGGACUGCUGUUGGUAUUGUUACUAAAGAGAUUCGACGAAGUGGCACGAGCUCCGGUGAAUCGUCCGAGGAAGAAGGACAUACACCCACGGGUGGGAGAAGGAAGAAGAAAGGAUUGGGGGAGAAAAUCAAGGAUAAGUUAAUGCCGGGUGGGAAGCACAAGGAUCAGGAGGUAGACCAUACCGCGACAACCACCAUGGCCACAACCACCACUACCACAAUCCAGCACCAUGAGGAUGAGCCCGCUGAGAAGAAAGGUCUAAUGGACAAGAUUAAGGACAAGUUGCCUGGCCACCACUAGUUAGUUAUGGAGUUCGGUUUUUCAAUUUCGUUAUAGUUUUUGCCAUUUUGUACCUUUGGAUGUGACCUCAUGUACAGGCCAGAGUUGAAGGCUUUUAAUUUUGUUGUAUGUUGAAUAAUCUAUGUGCAUCUACUAGUAUGCGCAGGGUUAGUUUGUGCUUCUAGAUGUUGAGAUGUAAUUUUCUUUUGUUCGUUUUUAGGGUUUUCGAAUGUGUGAAACUUUCCAUUUAAAGAGUGUUUUGAAUUUCAAUUGUCUAAUGUGAUGAAUGUACCUUAAAUUUCAUAAGCAAUGUUUUACCUUU